AUGUCAUCUACAGCAGAAAUAGUCAAUAUAAUUUCACGUUGGCUCAAUUAUGUUUUUGCUAUACCAAUAGUAAUCAUUGGCACUAUUGGAGCAUUAUUAACUAUAAUCAUCUUUAUAAAGCAUCCUUCAUUUGUGCGUAAUCCAACGAUUCACUAUCUAUUAGCUGGUGCGAUCAUGACAGCUUUGCAUCUUCCAUCUGUCUAUUUACAAGGUAUACUUGUCGAGGGUUUUGGUUUAGGUGUAUACAAUACUAAUGAUAUCAUUUGUCGAGAACAUCGUUAUUUAUUUUAUUCGACAACAGUAGCAACUAUUUCUUUUCCAUGUUGGGCUGCAUUUGAUCAAUAUGCUAGUACAUGUCGUAAAGCUUAUUUUCGUAAUCGUUGGAGUUCAAUACGAAUCGCUCGAUUUGCUAUUAUUGGUACAGUAAUCUUCUGGAGUAUUAUCUAUAUCCCAAUAAUCUUUAUUAGCAGUAGUGUUAAUGGUGUUUGUGUUUUUAUAGAUAGUCCCCUAGCAAAAAUCAAUGACUACUUUUUAACACCUAUAGCAUAUACAAUCGCUCCAAUUACUAUAAUCAUUAUAUUUACGCGUGGUAUUAUUCGAAACCUUCACUCAAAUAGAUCUUUCAAUACUCAUAAUCAUUUAAGAACACAAGUUCGUCGUAUGCUUAUUCCACAAUUAAUUAUUCUUAGCGUUUCUGGAAUACCAUUUGGUUUACUUNGGAGGGGGGUCUUAUAA